GGGCACGCCAAGGCUAAAUAAAUGAAUCUCUGGAAGCGUCCUUCAGUGUGUGCAUAGCUUCGCGGCGUAGAGCAUUGGUGCUGUUGCUGUUGUAUUCGAAGUGCAUAGCCUUUUUAGAGUGUCAAUUUGCUCACCUUCCACUGCAGAAGAUGGCACCAAAGUACAAGUUGACUUACUAUCCCUCCAAGGCAAUAGGAGAACCUAUCCGUUUGCUUCUGUCUUAUGGCAAGAUAGAGUUUGAGGAUGACCGUUUUGAUAGAAAGGAUUGGCCUUCAAUAAAACAGAAUAUGCCGUUCGGACAAGUACCAGUUCUUGAAAUAGAUGGGAAGAGGAUAUAUCAGUCCCUAGCAAUAAGCCGUUAUCUUGGUAAGCAGUUUGGACUGGUAGGUGACAAUGACUGGGAAGAUCUUCAGAUUGACAUGGUUGCUGACACAGCGAUGGAUUUGAAACUGAAGAUAGACAAGUUUUUCUAUGAACCUGAUGAAGUUGAAAAGGAGAAGAAGAAGACAGCAAUUCUUAAUGAACUGGAGACAAUAAUUAUGCCAAGACUUGAUAAUUUGGCUAAGGAAAAUGGUGGUUAUCUUGCAGCGGGCAAACUCUCGUGGGCAGACUUCUAUUUUGUUGGUAUACUUGACUACCUCAAUUAUAUGGCUGGGUUUGACAUCACAAAGAAUUGUCCGAACCUCAUUGCACUGAGGAAGAAGGUCCUUGAACUACCAGGUGUCAAGGAAUGGGUGGCUAAAAGGCCAUAUACAGAACUAUAAGUUUGACUGCUUACUUUGUUUUGUACGGCCUACAAUGAUGAAGAAAAUUAUGAAUCGUUGAACAGAAAGUAAUUCUGCUUAGAUGUUAGUCUUUAUGUUUCUUAUUAAAAUACUGCUGCAGAAAACUUGAAAGUAAUGUUUAAUGCUAAAGCUUAGUUUGAUUGUUACCCUUUAAAUAUGUUAAAGUUUAUAAAGGAGACUGGUGCAAUGUGUCAUUUUCUCGUGUGUAACAAAUGUAACACUUUUUUUAUGUUCUAAUUUGUUCAGUAAAAUUUGUAUGUACAAAAAAGUA